UCUUCUCAUAUCAUCGUUAGCUUAGCUUCUUCCCGACCCAGUCACUGUCCCUGUCCGCCUGUCCUCAGUCUCCUCCUACCUUCUAUCCCAUCCCAUCCCUUCCUUUCCUUUAUCUCUCUUUCCACUACUGGGAAAUGGGAAUAGAUUGAUCAAGGCAGCUAGUUGAGUCAAGGCAACACUCGUUCGCUUUCCAAUUCUACGCCGCAAAUCUUGUAAGCUCAUGAAGAUGCCGCCUUAUCCUCUUCAAUCCUCAACUCUAGAUCCAGAGAAGUCCUUUUCUCCGAACCAGCAAGUUGUGUUCAGCACGUCCCCUUCCACUCUCAACCUCAGCCCCUACCCGUACCCCCACCCCUACUGCUUCUCCUCCAUCUCUUCUCCUUCCUUCUCUGAUCUCUCGACCUCCAACUACGAUUCCCUGCUCGAGGCCUCCCUUGACGGUGUGUCGGUGGUAGCAGCAGCGCCAUCUCCGCCUCUUCCUCAUCCAGCGGCCAAGGAGGUUGCCGGUCCUGCAGCUGCAAAACCGGCUGCAGGGACGGAACCUAGCAACCGGCGAAAGCGUUUCAGAACCGACCGACACAGCAAGAUACUCACCUCCCAAGGCCUGAGGGACCGGCGGAUGCGGCUCUCCCUCGGAGUCGCCCGCCAGUUCUUCCGUCUCCAGGACAUGCUCGGCUUCGACAAGGCGAGCCACACCAUUAAUUGGCUGCUCCACCAGUCCAAGCCCGCCAUCGAUCUCCUCGCUACAUGUUCUGCGCUCAACAAUACAAACACCCAAACCCUCAACAGUAGUGGCAUUUUCUGGACCACCCAGUCGUCUGCUUCAUCCGAGUGCGAAGUAGUCUCCAGUUACUCCACCCCCAAGGCCAUGCCAACCACUGACGUCACGCCACUGUUUCCUCCUCCGUCUAAACCCAAGGGACAUUCUCGGUUUGCAGUGGAAGCUUCGCUUGAUGGAAGAUUCACGAGGGAGUCGAGAGAGAAAGCGAGAGUUAGGGCAAGGGAGAGAACGAUGGAAAAGAAGAAGACUAACAGCUCCGAGCACCACCAGUUUUGACCUCUGAAAUAAUCACGAGCGUGGAGAAGAUUUCUGUGUGUGUCACUGAGGUGUACGAGUGUAGCCAGACGACCUUGUUUCAUUGUGCCUCAUGUACAAGAAGAAGGAGGAGGAGGAAGGAGGAUGAGGAGAAGGAGGAGGAGGAGGAGGCCGCAAAUUUCAAGGGUAGCGAUAGGCUUCUUAGGUAACAAAGAAGAAGUGCAUUUUCUUGGCUGAUGUUUGCGCAUAUUCUAUUCAUUGUCUGCCUAAUUAAUUUAAGUUUCAGUAUUGUUGUUCUUAAUGGUGGUGUAGGUUUAAUUUGGUGGUAAUUUAAAUUUAUGCAAUAUUGUACCAUG